CGUAAUCGACCGCAAAGCUACACAGUGUGUCGUACUAGAAUAUAAACACCACGAGACCUACUCCGAGCAUCAGUUCUCACACCUCUGUUGAAGGAAAAGGUCUCAUCAUACAAUCACCAUGAGGGUUCUGCUGGCUCUUGUGCUCGUGGCCGUGGCUGCUGCCGACAACCGUGGAUACGGCGGUUUCGGAGGACGGCCUUUCAUUGGAGGAGGACGACCCAUCAUCGGAGGAGGCUUCGGAGGACGACCCAUCAUCGGAGGAGGCUUCGGAGGACGGCCCAUCAUUGGCGGAGGUGGCUUCGGUCACGGAAUCGGAAUCGGUCACGGAAUCGGCCACGGAAUCGGCCACGGAAUCGGAAUCGGCCACGGCAUCGGUCAUGGAAUCGGAGUGGGUGGUGGAUUCCGUCCGGGCGGUUUCGGCUACCGUCCGUACGGAUACGGCCCGUACGGUUUCGGACGGAACUCCGAUACGGACAUCAAGGCGGAGGGCUCGGCCGCCGAGCCGGCGGAGAAGGCGGCCGACAAGGCGUAAACUGCGUU